AUGGAGCCGAUCUCCGCCGCCGAUAAGUCGGCGCCGACAUCGGCCGACUUUCCCCUUCGGGUGCAAAUGGGUCGCGGUCUCAGCUUCACCUUAGAGUGGAACGACUACGCCGUCCUUCGCGACCAAAAGAAAGAGUUCACCGAGAGAUGCUUUGGACUCGCCAUCAGGUUCGCUUGGUUUGACAUUGGGCGGGACGACCUGCGGUUGUGGGUGCUCGGGAUCGGCCCGCUUCGAUCGGCCAUGAAAGCCGCCGACCAUUCUUGCUUUGCUAAGGCUUUCGACGCCGACAUCGCCGCUAUCCCGCUGAAAUCGACCGGCGGCCCGCUUCCAGGGUCACACUGCAGCGUCAUAGCCAUCCUCUACCCAGGAGAUGUGCUGAAGGCUGAGGGACAGGUCUGCAGGACAUCGAUCCGGCACAUCGACCCGCACACCGGAAAGGGGAAGCACCGCGACGAGGCCGUCCGCGUCCUGAAGCUAUUCCGCACGGCUGCCCUGGCCGAGCUGGGGCGUCCCGGUAGGAAGUGGGACGGGGCGCCUCCAUCACAAGCAGUGGUGGAGGAAAGGCUUGCAGACUGCGACGACCCUAUCCGCGACAAAGUGCCGGGCACAGUGUCGGACGGGCAUGUCGGCACCGGCAUGCUUGCCGCGACGUCGUUCGGGUGGGUGGCCAAGCAGAUCGGCCUGCUGACGGGCGACAAGGCUCGGAGCGCUGUGAGCAUCGAGAACAUCAAGGUCGCGGGUUUGAGGUCGCUCCGUGAUAGCAUGGUCGAUUACAUCUGCCAUCGUGUCGCCGAAAACCGGAUAGCGGCGCCGACUUCAGGCGCCGACGGACCCGCCGAGGGUGCGAUUGAUGACGACGGCGCGGAAAGUCAGACGGCGCCCCAAGCAGCAGCUGCCGCCCAGCUCCAGGAGGACUUGCCGGUGUCCGCGGAAGGAGGAACCGGUGGAGGACUAGGCGACGAUGCGGCAGGCGCAGGGAGGAAGGAAGAGGAGUUGACGGACUCUGGCUCAGAGUCGGAGUCGGAGGGGGAGGAGGAGGACGAAGGGGAGAAGGAGAAUGAGGACGAGGAGGAUGACGAGGGCAAGGACGAGAACGACGAGGUGGUGGAGGUGGUGGCUGGGAAGGACGAGGCGGCGCACGAGGAAGGGGUGGAGGAGGAGGUGGAGUACGAGCUGGAGUACGCAGACGGCACGAGAAGAACGAGGAAGCGGAGGAUGGCGAUGCGGGUAAUGCUACGGGGUCGGCAGGUGAGGGGAAGGAAAAGGAUGAGGUCGGCGUGGAGGCAACGACGGAAACGGGCCAGGAGGAGGCGGCAUGCGAAGGUGCGAAGGUGUCGGUCGACGCCGGCGAAGGGCCCUGCAACGGACGACGUCGAGGAGCUGCGACGGGAGAACUUGCUGUUGAGGGCGGAGAACGCUCGGCUGCAGGGUUUGCUCGAUGCGGAACGGGCUCGGCUGGACGCGUUUUUUGUUGGGCUACGUGGACUCGUCGACCACCUGAAGGAGUUGGCCGAGCAGGUCGACGACACCGAGAAGUAUGCGGCGGAACAGCUGCGAAACGCGGCGGAGGCCAUGUCGCAGACCAUCACGGGCAACAUCACCGGCAGCUUCGACGAGGCGUGGAAGACGAUGAAGACCUUCGCGGAACAGGCGUCGGCGUGGCUGGAGGACUUCGACAACCCGGAGGGAAAUGUGGCGUAUCAACGCGCCUUAGCGGUCACCACCUUGGCCGACCACGUCGACAAGGUGGUGGGCGAUGCGCAGGAGGAUUUGCGGGAGCACAUCACGAGCCAGUUGUCCGCCGCAGCUGUCAACAUCGCCACAGCUGUGACCGGCAGGCUCCCCGUGCAGCCGCCGCCACCGCCUCAGCCCACGCCGCCCGCCCUCCCGGAAGAGCUCUUGAAGUCGUUCAAGGCCGACAUCAUGAAGACGGUGACGGAGGCCACCGAGCAGUCGUUCGUUGCGUCCGGGAUGAAGAUGUUGACCGAGAUGAUCGGCACGGUGGCGCCUGGUCGACGUGGUUCGUCGCCUUCGGCCAAUGACGCCGACGCCGCGCAACAGAGGGCGGCCGACAAGCAAGGCCUGAAGAGGUCGGGCGACGGUGACGACAAGGAGAGCUCGAAGCGGAGCAAGGGAUCGGACGGGAGCCGCGUCACGAAGCCUCCUGCGCGGAGCGUGGUCGACAUGCUGAAGGCGAAGGGGUGGAAGGUGAGGGGAGGGUCGACCAGCAAGGGAAGCGGAAGCGGGGGGGCGGACGGGAGACCUGCCGACGGGAUCGCGGCUAACGUCGAUGCACCGCCUGGCCCGCCUUUGGACGCCGAGCAGACCCAUCCUCAGGCGAGCGGUGGGAAGGACGCGGCCCCCACUGCCCAGGCGGCGAAAGUCGGAGGCGCCGGAACCACCCAGGGGCCGUCUGACGCGGUGCCGGCCAAGGGCAAGGCGAUGUCUGCGUCUGCUACGGUCGCCGGAACCGGCACGGCGAAGGCUGCCUCUGCUUCAGUCCCCGGAACCGGCAAGUCGAAGGCUGCUUCUGCUACGGUCGCCGGAAGCACCAAGUCGAAGGCUGCUUCUGGUACGGUCGCCGGAACCACCAAGUCGACACCAUGUAACCCGCCUGCGGCAACCACCGGGCCCGCCGGCCAGACAGGUGCGGGGAAGCAUGGGGAGGCCCGUGCGGCCCCUCCAGCUCCAGCAGCCCCUACUGCCGCCAAGGUCGACGCGAAGGCUGCUUCGGCACAGGGGCCACCCGGGAGUAACGCGCUUAGGGUGUUGCUCCACCGCAUGGAGUCCCACCGCCCGGGCGCGCAGCAGCAUCAUGUGGUCGACGCCGGCCUCGCAGAAAUAGCACGUCGCUCCGUCACUCCGCACGUUGCCGGCAAACCGUCCGAUGCCCAAUCUGCCGCGCGGCCGGUCGCCGCCCCACCGCCUGCGGACCCCAAGUCCGCGUUUCUUCGCGCCCAUAUAGGCGCACGCAAAGCGGCAGCUCCACCAGUCACUCAGCCGGAACCCGGCACAAGCGCGACGCCGACGGCUGUAAAUGCGACCGCAUCCUCCCCAGGAGCAGCUGUGGUCGAUCUGGCGGCGGAGAGGGGAGUCAGUGCAGCGCUAGCCACCGGCGGCCGCGCCGACAGGCAUGCCGCCCUCGAAUCCGUCCUGGCCCAGUUUGAGGCAGCAAAACGGCCCGAGCAUGCCCCGGCACUGGCCAUCGUGGACACGGCGCAUGCGGAGCCGUCGGCGACCAACACAGGGGGUUCGGCGGAGCCGACGGCCGCAACGGGUGUUGUCGCCGAGGGAAAUGCGGGACGGAAGGGUAAGGACGACACCGGGAAAGGGAAGGCGGUGUCGGCGGGGAAGGAGAUGGCGGAAGACAAAGGGAAGAAGCCGGCACGGAAGACGGGCGGCAAGGGUAAGUCGGCAAAGAAGAAGGAGGAGGAGGAGAAGGAGGAGGAGGAGGAGGAGGAGGAGGAGGUGGGGGAGGGGAAGAGCAUGGACGCCGGGAAUCGGUACAUCGGCAAGUCCCGCGACAAGAUGGAGCUGGCCUACGAGCACGCGAUUGCGUACUCCGUCUACGACGGCUACGUGAGCAAGGUGCUCAUGAAGGAGCUCACCGCCUUGAAGCCGGGAGAGUUGGAUGAAUGGAAGGCGGUGUGGGAGGAGGUCAAAAUCCUGCCGACCGGGAUGUGGACGGUGAUGUGGGCCAGAGGCUUGUGCCAUCCGAGUAAGUCGGUUACCGACAUGCCGUGUUUUGACGACCAAGUCGGUGUCAUUAAUUCUAUGUGUACGUGUUCGCUCGGCAGGUUCGACGACAUACUCGGCAGGUUCCGUGGGUACGCAGGUUCGGGUGAUGCGCUUCAUGGCGUGCUCUGGCCGGCGAUGUGGUUCCCCAUCAUCGAGGACACGGAGGAAGGCAGGGCGGAGACAAAUGCAAACAUGUCGGCGAUGGUGAAUCGCGUGUCGAUGUGCGCGGCGUAUGGAAAGGUCGCGGCGAGAGUCGCGUAUGGGAAGGUCGACGGGAGCGCGGAGGCGACCGCGGGAGAGACGACGGAUAUGGAAGGCGCGGACAGGAAGGCGGACGAGAAGGUGCAGAUGGGGGCCCAGGCGUUAGCGGCCUCUGCAUGCGCCCUCUGGUGCUACAUGUCGACGCCGGCGUCGGUGCUCGGUGCUGUGGGCGAAGGUAAGGCGGCCGCGAUUCUGGCAGGUGCGGGGAAGGAGAGGGGCGAGCACUUCGCGAUGGUCAUGCACGUGGUUAUCGAACACGCACGCACUCGGCAGGCUCCCGCGGGGGAGGUUGCACAUAACGUCGCGCCAGAGCUGCAGCGCUAUGGAGUGGCCAGGGCCUUCGAGGCGGGCAUUGAGGAAGACGAGGCCGACAUGAUCGCAAGAGCGACGGUCGAGACCUUGGCGUUCUGGGGAAUGUGCCCCCUCGACGGGCCCAAGCUCAAAGCGGAGGGCAUCGAUGUGCCGUGUGACGCGAAGAUGGAGUACGACUUGGAUCACAGGGGGAGGAAGGGGGAGAAGGUCAAGCAGGCCAAGGGCAGCAAGAGGAAGAGGUAG